CAGUUGUGUGGUUGUGUGUGCGAGCGUUGCAUGUAAACGGCAGUACGCUGUAUUACGUUCUUUCACUCUUGUGGUUGUUUUGUAUGAUGCAUGCGGUGCGAUCUUCGUACAAGAUGAAUGAUAAAACAUCGGAGGUGCGCUGAGCAGAUGGUGGCCAGGUGACAGUGGCAGCCCAUGGCUGGGCGCCAUUCCGAGGGGGGGUCUCCCAGCAGCCCCCCUAAGGAGGAGGACCUCCGGCCAGCGGUGGGGGCAGGCCGCAACCUGGCUGUCCAGGUGCACUUGCUCGAUGACACAGUGAACACGUUCAAUGUGCAGUACAAGGCGGCUGGGCGUGUUCUGUUUGACCAAGUCUGCCGAGUCAUCAACUUGCUUGAAGUGGACUACUUUGGCCUGGAGUACGCUGAUAGCAAUGGGACCAAGUACUGGCUGGAUAAUGAGAAGCCCAUGUGCCGCCAGAUGGGCCUUUCUAUGGUGUCACCUGUCAUGUACUUUGCUGUCAAGUUUUAUACACCUGAUCCAUGUCAACUUGAAGAGGAGUUUACAAGGUACCUGUUCAGCCUGCAGAUCAAGAGGGACCUUUCGCAGGGUCUGCUCCAGUGCAGCGACCCCACUGCUGCACUGCUGGCCUCCUACAUUGUCCAGGCUUCAUGUGGGGAUUACGUGGCAGAAGACUACCCUGAUGCCUCAUACCUGUCAAGCUACAAGUUUGUGCCCCACCAGGAUGCAGAGCUCGAGGCACGCAUCAUGGAGUGCCAUCAGCGGCAUGUGGGCCAGAGUCCGGCCCAGGCGGACCUCAAUCUGCUGGAGACAGCACGUCGCUGUGAGCUGUACGGGGUGCGGCUGAGCCCCGCCCAUGACUCCGAGGGCCUCUCUCUCAACUUGGCAGUGGCCCACAUGGGUGUCAUAGUGUUCCAGGGCACCACACGCAUCAAUACCUUCUCCUGGGCCAAAAUCCGCAAGCUGAGCUUCAAGCGCAAGCGCUUCCUCAUCAAGCUCCACCCGGAGGGAUACGGCUACUACAAGGACACUGUGGAGUACUUCUUUGAAAGCCGCAAUGAGUGCAAGAACUUCUGGAAAAAGUGCAUAGAGAACCAUGCAUUUUUUCGCUGCACUGAGGUCAAAAAGAGCCCCCGGCAGAAAGCACGGCUCUUCAGCCGAGGUUCAUCCUUCAGGUAUAGUGGUAGAACGCAGAAGCAGAUUGUUGAAUAUGUUAGGGAGAACUAUGUCAAGAGGCAGCCCUUUCAAAGAUCAACAAGCCUGCGCUUACCUUCUCGUGGUAGUGCUGGCACUUCAGACAAUGAGGAGAACAUUCAGUCAGCAGCUGCCGCAACCUCAGAACCAAGUUCUCCACGACGGGACACAAGCCGUGAAACACCUCGCCUUACUGAGGGUGCUGUGACACCUAGCCAGGACACAGACGACAACAUCUCACAUGAUUCGUAUCGACUGGAGGAAGGGGACUCGUCCAUCGCUGCACCCACACCAAGUGCCGACAAUUCAAUUGCCCUUGAUUUGAGUCCUCCCACCACAUUGCCAGUGUGCUCGUCACCGAGCACAGCCUGCAUGAGAGAAGAGCACAGCCCAGAGCAAGUGCCACCACCAAACAACAACAACAACUUGCAUUGUGUUAGCAACGACGGAAUGCUUUCAACAUCCUGCUACAAACAGGACCUGGCUGGUGAUGCCUGCAGAAAGAUGUUCCCGCUGGAGUACUUCAUUAGUAAGGAGCUGCUGAUGACAGAACGCAGCUACAAGAAGGACCUGGAAGUGGUAGUGGUGGCCUUUCGGGAAUGGUCUGAGAAACUUGGCUCAUCUGAAACAGCCUCACUUUUCUCACUGCUCGCACCCAUCUACAAGCUGCACUGUGGUCUGCUUCAUGAACUUGAACAGCAAAUGGCCUCUUGGGACAGCAAGCCAGUUUCUUCCACUGCUCAAGGCAUUGGUGCGCUCAUGCUGGACUACUUGCACUUGUUGGAGCUGGAUGAGCGGUACCUGGAGAUGCUGCCCCACAUUCUGGAGCGCUUGUACACAGGACCACACUGUGAGCAGUUGUGCCGAGAGUUUGAGCUGCUGCGAGACUGCUACCUGCCCUUGUCGCUGUUCCUCCUGCGUCCAGUGCACCGAAUAUUCCACUACUGCGCCCUGUUUGAAAGGUUGCACAGCUGUUAUCCACAAAGCCAUGCUGACAUUGCUGCUAGCCAAGAAAUGCUGCAGCAGCUCAGGAGAUUCACCACAUGCCACAAGGAGGCCCUGCAUAGACUGGAGAACCACAUCAAGAUGACUGAACUGGAGCGAGACCUCGUUGGUCUGGACAACCUCAUUCAGCCUGGAAGGGAGUUUGUGCGAGAAGGAUGCCUACAGAAGCUUUCCAGGAAGGGCUACCAGCAGAGGAUGUUUUUCCUGUUCUCCGACAUGCUGAUAUACGCAAGCCGUGUGUCUUCCUCUGGGCCGCGGCUUCAGUUUAAAGUGCACGGACAGCUGCCACUUCAGGGACUCAUGGUCGAGGAAACAGAGCCAAAAGCUGAAGCUGCCUUUCGCUUUACCAUUUAUGCUGCCAAUCGUGCCCUCAUGGUUGCCGCUGGGUCAGAGGAGGAACGACAGCGAUGGAUACAUGACCUGUGUGACUGCAUUGAGAUGGCCCGAGACCACAAAGGCCUCUACUACACAAGCCUCAAAUCCUGCCACUCGUCAGAUGAGCGGCUAGAUAGGUCAGGGGCAGAAAGUGUGCGGCAUUCCAAUUCGGCACAGAGCCCAGUCCAUGCCACCACUACAUUGCACCUCUGCUGGCAUCGCAACACCAGCAUUGGCCGAUGCCAGUACCAGCAGGCAUUCCUGCACUACCUCAGUGGCUACCUGCUGCGCAAGUUCAAGAACAGCAGUGGAUGGCAGAAACUGUGGGUGGUGUUCAGCAACUUCUGCCUCUUCUUCUACAAGUCCUUUCAGGAAUCUGUGCCCCUGGCGAGCCUUCCACUGCUGGGCUACACAGUGGCACAGCCUGGUGACCAGAUGGGUAAGCAGCAUGUCUUCAAGCUGCAGUACCGCAGCCACGUCUACUUCUUUCGUGCUGAGAGCGAGUACGCUUAUCAGAGGUGGAUGCACGUUAUCAGCAGUGCAGCCGUCAAGAAAGCCUGAAUUUGCAAGCACCUGAAGAACAGUAUAUGUUAGCUGCUCAGGCAUCCUGGGAACAACGCAAGACAUUAAUGCAAACAUACUAUGGUGUAUACCUUAGUAUGACUUGUUGUUGGGCUAGUUGGUACAUGCUACUUAAAAUUAAUUAAACGCAUAGCAUCAGAGGAAGAAAAACCUCUGAUCCUGUGCAACUAAUUCACUUCAAAUAUACUAUGGCGUGUUGCCUGGACAUAGUGUUCCUGGCUUGAGCUCCAAAAAGCACUCUGAAGCCCAGACUUAAAAUGUAGCAUGACUCGGUUUAGUACAGAAAAACCUGUGCCCUGACAUCAUUGCUAUGCUUCCUGCUUUUUGCAGCAGUAUGUAGAUGCGAGGAACUAAUGUUGCCAUCAUUGCUUCACCAUUUUGGCAUUGAGGCAGUAGGCCAGCUCCACUCUGAGGCAUGCUUGCAUUUUAAACCGCAUUGAGCGAGUUGGUUGUUAAAGAAUGGUGGUUCAGUGCCUCUUGUUUUAUGUGCAUGGAGUUUUUUGAUCCCUGAUCAAUCACUGAAAAGGUGCGUUCCAGUGUUUAACUGAUGGUCAGUAUGGUGCUAAUGCAAGGUGUUCUCACAAUGUCUCCAAAGUGACAACACUGCAGGGUACUGAAACAUGGUGCUAGGUACUCUAGAAACUUCAUCAAUCAUUCUACUGACAUUGGCUAUGCUCAGUGGCUGUCCUGCUUUCUUUAUCCUUUAGAGCUUGUUUCUCGGUGUCAUAAAAUGAAAAUAAGAACUAAAAUUGUGUGCAUGCAUUGGAUUUCAUUUUACGUCAAUCUUGGUAAGACCUUGCAAGGUUCAGAAACUGUUCUGACAAGUUUUUGACAAGCAUUGGAGUGCUAAAGCACCUGAAAGAUUGCAUUGGGCACAUAUCUCUGGGCUGUUGGCCAAUCCAUCAUGAAUAUAUUCCAGCCCACAGUGUACAGCUGUUGUUGGUAUGUAACUUUCUCAUUCUCCUUAGUAUGGAACAUCCUCAAGAGGGAGGAUGUUCCAUACUAAGGCUCUUGGAAAGCAUUCCAGCAGAGGCACAUUAGCUCCCAGAGCAUUUUUUUUUUUUUUUUGGCAAAUGAGUGAUGACAUUCUCUUACCAAUUUUAUUUUUAUAAAGCCUGUUCGAACAGUUUUGUUAUCACCACUCGUGUUCGUUGCUGUCAUUGUGGUUAAGAAAAUCCUUAGCAGGAAUUAAGGAUGCUUUGCAGUAACAUUAUGUUUUUAUACUCAUAUUUGUCACUUGUAUAUGAAAAACACAAAUGCAUCUUAUUUAGCUGAAAGCUCAGGCAAGCAUGUGAUUUUAAUUUGCCUCAUUCUUGGCUGCUGUUUGGGGGAAUUAAUUCUUUUGCCUUGCUGUCGAAUCUGUACUCCCUGGCUUUCUCUAUUGUCUACAAUUGUUUCUAACUUGUGUGGCCCUUCCCUGUAUAAGUAUAUAUCUUUCAUUCUAAACAAAGUUGAUCUGACCAUUGUUUUUGAUGUGCUGUUGUGCUCUUUGCAAAGUUUCUGCUGCUGCAAUGUUUAUUCUGCGUGUCAAACAGGCAUUUUAUUCAGUUUAUGCAGUGCAUAGUUUGUAAAAAUGCAGUUGAGCCUUGAUUAACAAAUUAUUGCAUAAUAACGAAGUAAAUUGAAAUUUUGGUUGAUCAUGUUUUAGUUCAAUGGAGUAUUCUCUUGCUAUAAUGAAACAGGAAAUAUGGAAUUCAACAUGGCAUCAGUUAUAGAAAAGCAAAUUUUUGUUCGCACAUGCCUUUUGGAUGUCUGAUUUUUCAAACCCGUGCAAUUAUUCGGGUUUCCUUGCCGCACCACCACCUAAAAUCGCUACUUUGGUUUCAGACUCCUAAUGAUGAGGUGCUGGUUAAGCCUAGCAGCCUAAGCAAUGUGGCUGUGCCAAAAAUUUGCCAGCAGCUGGCAGAGUGGCUGGUGGCAAAUCGCCACGGGAAGCUCACCAUCAGUGUUUGUACUCAUAGACUUGGCAAUCAAGCGCGAGAUCACACACUUAGGCUAGACUGACAGCCGUAGCAGCAGAGAUUGGAUCCAUGUGCACAAUGGCGCAGUCAGAAGUUUAUUUCAAGGGGUCGUCUCUGCCAACAACUACCACCGCUCCUCCUCCUUCACCUCUCUCUCUUCUAUAUAUAUAUCCUGUCCUUAGGGUAUUUGUUAGCUUCCUAUGAUAUGACUAAUAAGCAUCAUGAUGCCCCUCUAUUUCUUUUCUUCUCAUUAAUAUGAGGUGCGUUCAAAAAGAAACCGAACUUUUGUUAUCACACCUUUACUGUUUAUGGUGCAACAUUUUAAGUGCUGUCCCCUUUAAAAUAUUCCCGUCUACUGGCAAUGCACUCUUCCCAUCUUUUCUUCAAUUUUUGGAAAGCCUCCUGGAACGCACUUUCUGGAAUGCCACGCAGGUCUCUUCUCGCAUUGUCCUGGAUCUCCUCUGCGGUUUGGAAACGACGUCCUUUCAAAGUAGUU